GAACAAACUACAGUGUAUUUUACAAAUGGCGUCAUCCAUGAUGGCUGCCGCCACUGUUCGGGCUGUCAAAGGACGAAAAAUUCUUUCUACGAGAGCUGCUUUGACAUUAACACCUAAUGCUGUUAAGAAAAUUAAGGAAAUUUUGGAAAAUAAAUCAGAAUAUAUUGGUCUUAAAGUUGGUGUAAAACAAAGAGGUUGCAAUGGACUGAGUUAUACAUUAGAUUAUGCUAAAGAAAAAAGCAAGCUAGAUGAAGAGGUGGUACAAGAUGGAGUUCGUAUAAUAAUAGAUAAAAAAGCUCAACUAUCGCUUCUUGGAACGGAAAUGGAUUAUAUUGAAAACAAACUAAGUUCUGAGUUUGUGUUUAACAAUCCAAAUAUUAAAGGGACAUGUGGAUGUGGUGAAAGUUUUUCAGUAUAGUCAAUAUUAGUGCUAUAUAUAUAUAUAGUAGUCAUU